AUGGACUUCCCUCUGGGGCCAGUGGAGAGGCUGAAUUUCGGCGACUCGUCGGAUCUCGCUGGUAUCGUGGACCCAGGAUACACACUGCGCGUUGAGGACGAAGGUGCAGUCAGCGUGGUGGCGGCGGCGCACGAUGCUACAGGUGACGACGAAGCAGACAGCGUUGCAGCAGGGAAAGGGAUAGCUGGAGGAGAUGUGCAGCCUGAAGAAAGCGCUGGGGAAGUUGGGGGAGAUACGAGAUCGGCGGCCUGCAUUCAAAUGGGAGGGAGCUGCAGUGCUAAGAGGAAGAUUGUUGUGGCUGAUGGCCCAACGGAAUCAGAGCAAUCUACACUGAAAGUGAACCCUGAAGCUCCAGGGUGGAUCAAAAGGGUGCGCGUAGGGGGGAAUGCUGCCGAGCGGGUUCCUUGCCCAAACAGGAUUGGGACACUGGAGAAGAUGAUUAGAAGUUACCCUGAGAGAAGAGGGGAUUUUGUGUUAGAGCCAACGCUGGGCAUGAGCUUCGAUUCACUUGGCGAGGCAUACGAUUUCUACAAUCUAUAUUCAUGGGAACAUGGUUUUGGCGUUAGAUAUGGGAAAAGCAGGCUGAACCCACAGAGGACGAAGACAAUGCAAGAAAUCGGGAAACCUACAGGUGAGAACACACGGUCGUGCCGCUGCGAGUGCCCAGCGAUGAUUCGUUUGCUUCGGUCAGAAGAUAAUGGUUGGUACAUAACAGAGCAUCGAGUUAGGCAUAACCACUCCCUAUCCAUAACUUGUGCAGAGAAGGUGUACUGGCCAUCGCACAAGCACAUAGAUGUGUACACAAAGGAUCUGGUGAAGCAACUUCGCGAGAACAACAUAAACAUUGGAAAAGUGUACAGCAUAAUAGGUAGUUUUUUUGGAGGUGUUGGUAAUGUGCCGUUCACAAAGAGAACCUUGAAGAAUUUGUGUGGACGGAUAAGCAAGGAGCAAGCUGAUGACGAUGUGAAGAAGACAAUAGAGGUUUUUGCGGAGAUUGGAUCGAAAGAUCCUGAGUUCACGUACAGGGUGCUGGCUGAUUCAGACAGCCGGAUUAAGAAUCUGAUGUGGGCAAACGGAUCAAGCCGUAUGCAAUACAAAUAUUUUGGGGAUGUAGUGACAUUCGACACAACUUAUAGGACAAACUUGUAUGACAUGCCAUUUGGGCUAUUUGUUGGGGUUAACAACCAUUUCCAGAGCAUCAUUCUAGGAGGUGUGCUGUUGAGGGAUGAGCAAACAGAGAGUUUCGAGUGGGUAUUUGGGGAAUUUGUUCGGAUGAUGGGUGGUGUGCCACCAAAGACAAUCCUGACAGACCAGUGCAGAGCCAUGGAAGUGGCAAUAAGCAAAGUUUUGCCGGGAACAGUUCACAGAUGGUGCAAAUGGCACGUUCUGAAAAAGGCAAAGGAGUGUUUGGGCCCUCUGUACAGCAAGAAGAGUGAGUUCAGGGCAGAAUUCCACAAAAUUGUGAACCAUAUGCUGACGGAGGAUGAGUUUGAAACAGCAUGGGCAAUGCUGGUAGAGAAAUACAGCCUGAAGACACACCCCUUCAUGACCCAGAUUUUUGAAGUAAGGCACAAGUGGGCAAAGCCAUAUUUCAGAGGUGUUUUCUGUGCUAAGAUGACGAGCACACAGCGAAGCGAGAGUGCAAACAUGAUGUUAAAAAGCUAUGUGCCGCCUGGAUGUGCUAUGAACAUGUUUGUCAAGCACUACAUGCGUCUGCAGCAUGAUCGCGAGAAGGACGAGGGUUAUCAGGAAAAGAGAACAAAAGUGGCCAAUGCAGUGCUGCAUGCGAAUCUGUCGAUAGAGGAGCAUGCAAGCAAGGUGUACACACGAUCUAUGUUCGAACAAUUUGGUCAUAAUUUAUACAUGGCGGGGGCAUACCGCAUUGAGGAGGUUGUAAAGGGGAAGUUGUACCUGGCAAAGCACACGAAGGCGCACAAGAGAGAAAAAUGGAGCAGGGUUGAAUUUCAGGUGAAGGUGGUGGAUGACGGGGAAUUUUUUGAGUGUGAAUGUGGCCUUUUUGAGCAUAUGGGAAUUGUCUGCAGCCAUAGCAUCAAGGUCAUGGAUUACUUGGGUGUUGAAGAAUUACCAAAGAGACACAUUUUGAAGAGGUGGACCAGGGAUGCGAGGGAUGUGCUGCCAGAGCACCUCGAGGUGUACCAGAAUGACCAUGCCUCCAGCCGCUCUUUCACCUACAGACAUUCUUUGUUGUACAAGAAAGCCCUGGAACUGGUCAGGCUGGGUGAUGCAAGUGCUGAGGCGUAUGAGAAGCUUGAUAGUCUUUUUGAAAGCAACCUACUGAUCAUGGCCCCAUUUGAUAACAUGAGGGAUGGACUUGGUCUUGAGGACAGACCGUCAUAUCAACCUGAUGAAGGAGUAGCAGAACUAUAUUUGGGGGGAGAAGAGUUGACCGUCCCUGAUGAAGCUAAUCUGCUUCAAGGACUGGGAGCUCCAUUGAAAAUCCGCGGUGCUGGGAGGCCAACGACUAGCAGAGACAAGGCUCCGUACGAGGGUACCGGUGGCCUUACGAAGCGUACCCGUUUCUGCACAAUUUGCAAGUGCAGCGGGCACAAAAGGACCACAUGCCCCCAGCGUGGGGACGCUCCGAAGCAGCCGCGGAAGGUUGCGAAGUGCACCAGAUGUGGGUUGCCUGGACACCGUAGGACGACAUGCGCAAAACAGGCUGAUGCUUUGCUUACCUGAAGCCGAUGUGGUAAAACGAGAUGAAUGCCUGAUCGAAUAGUUGAUCCAAGUGGCACGGCAGCAUAAUAUCCGUUGUUUGAUGUAAUG